AUGAGGGCAGCGUCAGCUUCGUCGUCGUCGUCCAAGCGGCCCAUGGCGCACGACAAGCGCGGCAGCCGCGCGAAACGCGCGCGCACGGACAAGGAGAACGAGGACGCGUUCAUGGCCGACCUGCUCGCCGGGCUCGAGGGGAGCGAGUUCGACGCGCCGCCCAGCAGCUCGCUGCCCAGCCCUUCCAAGCCGACGCCACGGCGCGGCACCGUUCCCCCUUCCUCUGUGCCCGAAGCCGACCUCAUCGACUUUCUGACACAGCCCAAGAUGCCGACGCCACGCCGGCCGCUCGCGCCGUUAUCCCGCAGCCCGGUGGGACGGCCGCUGCCUGCCCUGGGCAAAGCGGCGGUGCCGAGCGCGUUCAGGCCCGUGAAGAAGGCCGAAGUGAAGCCUAGGCUUGAGGGCCGCUCUGCCAUAUCGCCUGUCAAAGAGGUCAAGAUCGCGCGCGUACCCCCUCCAGCUGUGAAGGCUGCGCCUGUGCCCCAGCUCACUGUCGUCAAAGCCGAGUCUGAAGCCAAGCCUGCUGUCGACGUCGACGUGAAGCCGAUGGACGCGGAGGACGACUUCCCAUUACCCACUGCGUCGCAGGAGUCGCAUUACGACAUGGACUGGGAUCUCGAUGCGUUGGCCAUGAUCGACGAGUCGGCGCUGGUCAAGGAGACGAUCAAGUACCCCGUCCUCCACCCUCCUCUCCCCGCUCUACCAGAAGGGUACAAGCCCACGCCUUGGCUACGAUGUACAGUCGAGGCCGUGUACGACGAGCUGCUCGACACUAUCCCCGAUGACGAGAUGAGUCUAUUCCUGAGCACACUCGUUGUCACUUGUGCGGAGGGUACCCGCCGCCUGAUUCAUCUGAAGGAGCGCUGGGCCGACAUCAAGGCCCGCCGGGGCGACGUUGUGAAUGUCGUCUCGCACGCUCUGAACGAGCCUCACGACAAGCCCAUUGUCCUCACGUUCUCCGACGCGUCAUCGUACAUCAUCCACCACCCCGACGUCCUCGUCACCAUGACGGCGAUCGCCAACGCGAUCCCCUGCCCCCGCCGACCAUUGGUCCAGGCGCUCGUCAAGCUCCCAGAGCCGCCAUCGAAGUCCAUGCUCUACGGAAACGUGCUCCACUCGCUGCUGCAAGGCUCGCUGUCGGAGCAGAAGUUUUCCCGCGACGAUAUCGCAACCAUGAUCCGUGGGGAGCUCACAAAGGAGGAGACUCGGCUACAGGUCUGGGGAGCGGGGCUCGACUCGGGCAUGGUGGCAAAGGACAUUGGCUCCCGAGCGGAAGAGGGAUUCGAGACGUUCGGCCGCAAGUGGGUGCACGCUGAGCCAACCUCCGAUGGCGAAGUCAAGACUGCUCGCGAUGAGCCGAUCGGGACGCUGGCAAUCUCGGGCCUGCACGAGAUCGAAGAGGACAUCUGGUCGACCAAGUGGGGCCUCAAGGGUAAAGUCGACGCCAGUGUCCAGGCGCGCCUAUGCCGUGACGGAGGAGUAGCAGAAGAGAUUGUCGCCCCGCUAGAGAUUAAAACGGGCAAGUGGAUUGGUGGGGUGGGCCACCGCGCGCAGACCAUGCUCUACACACUGCUCAUGGAGGACCGAUACAACACUCCCGUGAACGCUGGCUUGCUGUACUACUCCAUGAAGGACACGAUCAUCCUCGUCGAGGCCAAGGCGAACGAGGUGCGCGCGCUCAUCCAGACGCGCAACGAGCUGGCCGAAUGGAUGGAGCGGGAGCGAGUGCCACAACCGAAAGACGAGCCAGACGCCCUCGCCGUGCCGUUCUUGCCACCAACGAUCGACAACCCGACAGACUGUGACAGAUGCUAUGCGGCCGAUGCGUGCAUGCUGUAUCGCAAGGCUGUCGACCGCGUACCAGUGGACGACUACGACGCUAUUGCGCCACUGUACCAGGCCAAGACAGGGCACUUGACCGACGCGCACGCGGCAUUCUUCGAGCACUGGGAGCGGCUUCUUUCGCUCGAAGAGCAGGACACUGUGCGCCUCCGUGCUCAGUUGUGGACCAUGACGGCCGAGGCUCGGCAGCGGUCAGGUCGAUGCUUUGCCGACAUGGUUAUCGCGUCCGAGUCGAACGACGUGGGCAAGUCGCUGUCCAAGAUCCACCGUUACUCGCACACCUUUGUGCGAGCACCUGCCGAGGACGGGUCAACACCACGAGCGUCACUCCUCUCUGGCCACAUCGCCAAGGGCGACCCUGUGUCCCUGUCGAUCGACCCUCACCUCUUAUGCCUCGAACGCGGGUGGGUGACCGCUCUGGACAGGGACAGCGUCACUGUGGCGGUCACGUACAGGAUUGACCUCGAGGCGCUCCUUGCCCGGACGCGCAGACCAGCGUCAGUCGAUGGCGUGCGCUUCAGGAUCGACAAGGACGAGAUGAGCUCCGGCAUGACAAGGAUGCGGGGCAGCCUCGCGCAGCUGUUCGUUGCUGGUGGCGAUGAGAAGCGGCGGCGCCUCGUUGUCGACCUCGAGGCACCAGCGUUCGACGAGAGCCUUGCACCGAGCGAUGAUGAGAUCCCCGCGUCUCUGAACGCAGACCAGCGCAACGCGAUGCACAAGGUGCUCACGGCACAAGACUACGCCCUGGUCCUCGGUAUGCCCGGUACAGGCAAGACAACGACGAUCUCCGAGAUCAUUAAGGCGCUCGUGGCGCGUGGCAAGAGUGUGCUCCUGACAAGCUACACGCACUCGGCCGUCGACACGAUUGUGUCCAAGCUCGUCAACGCGGAUUUCCAGGUCCUCCGCAUCGGCAACAUUGACAAGGUGCACCGCGACGUGCAGCACUUGACACUCGAGUCGCUGGGCCCCAGCACGAGCGCCGAGCAGAUGGAGGCGCGUCUCAUGACACCGCCAGUCGUCGCCGCCACAUGUUUGUCGAUCGAGCACCCAAUCUUCGCCCGGCGCAAGUUUGACUACUGUAUCGUGGACGAAGCGUCGCAGAUUACCCUCCCGACUUGCCUUGGCCCGCUGCGCUGCGCCGACAAGUUUGUCCUCGUUGGCGACCACUUCCAGCUGCCUCCGAUCGUACGCAAGGCCGAGGCACGUGCGGGCGGGCUCGACGUUUCCCUCUUCCGCCGCCUUAGCGACGCGCAUACCGAGGCCGUGGCGCCACUGGCGUCCCAGUACCGCAUGAACGAGGACAUCAUGCUGCUGUCCAACCGGCUCAUCUACGAGGGACGGCUGCGCUGCGGGUCUGAGGCGGUAGCGAAGCAAGCGCUCACACUGCGGGAGCGGACCCCUUGCGCUCACAACGGCGAAGCCACAUGCGCUGAGGACUGCUGGCUCCAAGGCCUCCUUGACGAGAACGUCAAGGCCGUGUUUGUCGACACGGACCUGGUACCGGCACGCGACGUGCGCGCAGGCGACCUGAUCCAGAACCCUAUCGAAGCGUCGCUCGUGUACCAGCUUGCGCGAGCAGUCGUCGCCUCGGGAGUCCGCGAGCACGAUGUGGCGGUGAUCACGCCGUACCGACAGCAGAUCAAGCUGCUGUCCGGGCUAUUCACCGACCUGCCCAACGUCGAGAUCCUGACAGCCGACAAGUCGCAGGGUCGUGACAAGGACUGUAUCCUGAUCUCGCUGGUCCGCUCCAACGAGGAAGGCAAGAUCGGCGACCUGCUGCGUGACUGGCGCCGCAUCAACGUGAGCUUUACGCGCGCGCGUAAGAAGCUCGUGAUCUUUGGCUCGCGAUCGACCCUCCAGUCCGACCGGCUGCUGAGCGGCUUCUUCGACCUCAUGGACGAGAAGGGCUGGGUCGUGCGUCUCCCGCCUGGCGCGCACGGGUUGCACGGGGCAGUGCCAGAGGUGACGACCACGAUCGAGAAGAAAGAGAAGAAGGAGACGAAGGGCGCUGUCGUUGGCGAGCGCCUGCUCAACUCGAAGCCAUUCGUCAAGGACAUCCUGGCCGUGGGUAUUCAUGCGUUGAACGUGCUGACCCACCAGGACAUGAAUUAA